AACGGUACCCCCCACCACCCACCUCCAUUUUACGGGCACUGUUUGUUUCUCCUCCGCAAUAGUUACUAAUAGAAAUAAGUGCAAAAUGGCUGUCUAACGUUGGGGAGCAGCGACCGCCGAGGAUCGUGGAAGUGUGCAUGGAAAGCGGCUCGCAGGACAGCGUGAGGAGCGCGUGAAAAUGUAGCAGGCACCCUGCCCAGCUUCUCUUUAUCGCGAACACGAAUAUCGGUGCGAAAGGAAAAACAAAAACCAAGGAAAAUACAGCCAAACGCGAAUGUGCAUGUGAAGCAAAAUUGCAGCGGUGCAGCCGACAUAGAAACGUGAUAAACCCCAGCGCAGGUCGACCGAUAAGUGGAGAAGACACCCAAAGCAACUGGCGACGAUAGGGGAUAUCUAUAUCUGACAUCUGGGAUAUAGAAACGACGCAUCCGGAGGACCCGGAGCGAGCAUGUCGCACGGUGGAGCCGGCGGCGGUCUGGGAGCUCAAACUGUUGGAGCCGGCCAACUUGGAGGCGGUGCAGCGGCAGCGGGCGGUGGAGAAUACCGCGAACUCCACUGGACGGUCUCGAGCGUCAUGGACUCGUCUCGGGUCUCCACCUGCCUCAUAUCGAUGCUGCUGAUCGUGUACGGCAGCUUCCGGUCGCUGAAUAUCGAGCAGGAGGCCCGCGAGCGGGAGCAGAAGAAGCGAAAUGAAUCGAUGACCAACCUGCUGACCGGCGAGCCCGUCGAGAAGGAACCAAAUCUCUAUUUCACAGCGGACAAGUUCGCCACCCUGGACACGAUGCAUGCCCUGUGCCUGCCCCUCGGAGCUUCCAUCUCGCUGCUCAUCAUGUUCUUCUUUUUCGACUCCAUGCAGCUGCUCUUCGCCGUCUGCACAGCGAUCAUUGCUACCGUGGCGCUGGCCUUCCUGCUGCUGCCCAUGUGCCAGUACAUCAUCAGGCCCUGCACGGAUGGCAAGCGGUUCUCCUUCGGGAUCUGUGGUCGCUUCACGGCGGCGGAGCUCUUCAGCUUCACGCUGUCAGUGUCGAUUGUGUGCAUCUGGGUGCUCACCGGGCACUGGCUGCUGAUGGAUGCAAUGGGAAUGGGCCUGUGCGUGGCGUUCAUUGCGUUCGUGCGGCUGCCCAGCCUGAAGGUGUCCACGCUGCUGUUGACCGGCCUGCUCAUCUACGACGUCUUCUGGGUGUUCCUCUCCUCGUACAUCUUCAGCACCAACGUGAUGGUCAAGGUGGCCACGCGACCCGCCGACAAUCCAGUGGGCAUCGUGGCCAGAAAGCUGCACCUGGGCGGCAUUGUGCGGGACACACCGAAGCUGAAUCUGCCCGGCAAGCUGGUGUUCCCCAGCCUCCACAACACGGGCCACUUCUCCAUGCUGGGACUGGGCGAUGUGGUGAUGCCGGGACUGUUGCUGUGCUUCGUCUUGCGGUAUGAUGCGUACAAGAAGGCGCAGGGCGUCACCUCGGAUCCCACGUUGUCGCCGCCCCGGGGAGUUGGCUCCCGGCUGACAUACUUUCAUUGUUCCUUACUGGGCUAUUUUUUGGGCCUGCUAACGGCGACGGUGAGCUCCGAGGUCUUCAAGGCGGCUCAGCCCGCGCUGCUGUAUCUGGUGCCCUUUACGUUAUUGCCGCUCUUGCUGAUGGCCUAUCUGAAGGGCGACCUGCGGCGCAUGUGGAGCGAGCCGUUUAUCGCGCAACAACCAUCAAAACAACUGGAAGUCUGAGUGUACUCUAUCUAAAAGCAAAGAAAAACAAACAACAAACAAGAAACACCGUGAAGAACACACACAAGAUCUAAUACUAACGUUUGUCUCUUAAAUAACGUAUUGAGUAUGGUAUUUUUUAACUCAACUUAACUUAGUUUCGUUUUAAGUUAGGUGAUCCUCGUUUUCAUAGUGAAAUAAAAGCAAACCGAGUAAUUAUAGUUUCUAGCCUAAGCGGAAAGGUUUUAUAUAUUCACAUAUAUAUACGUCAUACGAGAGUUCAUUCAAAUCGGCUUUAAAGUCUCCAAUCAUGCAGAUAAUUAGCGAGUAGAGCGAAGAUCAAGCGAAGCAUUAGUUGCAGUUCAUAGGCGUUACGAGUAACUCUGUAAACGAUAGCGAAAAGACUAGAAUGAGGACCGUUCGAGAUUCGAAUUUCAACAAAACCAACCACACACAUCCACUCGAAAUCUGUUCCGGGCAGUAUGUUCUGUAAAUACUUAAGUUAUGGAUAUGUACGUAUGUGUAUUGACACAAAACCACCAUGCAACAAAUAAUAGUUAGUAAGCUCGCCUUCAUACCACAUUUACUCGCUAUCCGUUUCCGUUUCGCACGCCCAUUUCCGUCCUUCGAUUCCCGCGGUUUUUCACCACAAAUUUCCCCCUCACGACCAUGAACGAUGUUUUGCCAAAAUGCAUGUGUUCGUUGCAAACAAUAAGUAAAAGCUAGACAACAACUGUUGCGCUGCGUGCGUUUCACAAAAUUAAGUUUCAAGAAUUUUAAUUAUUUACUAUUAAUGCAGCUAACAAUAAACAAUUACUGUAUGCAUAUGGAAACGAUAGUUACAUAAUAAUUUUAAGUAAAUGCAAUUUCGAAACGUAUAGAAACAAUAAAGAUGUGAGAUUUAAACAAA